AUGCUUGAUUGGGUGGAUUUGUGUACGAUUGGAGCAAAGCUGCAGAUUCUUAUCUUGGCUUUAUACUGUAUUUAUUCACUUCGAAAGUUCAGGGAUCACAAUCCGACUCUCACUCUAAACUAUGCUCUUCUUUACUUGGAUAUUUCAAUGAUCAUCUCACAUCUUUUUCAUGAUACAAUCAUUCGCGUUGCUGAAAAGGAUGUUUUCAGUGAUCUUGGAUUCAAAAUCAUUCAAACGAUUAUGUUCUGUCGUUACUUCGGUCAAACAUAUUUUCUCAUUCUUCUCUCUUUGUUCCUGAUCUUGGCUUGUUAUUGGCCGAACACUUACAGAACGAUGAAGCAACCGCACACCAUUGGAGUCAUGCUGAUACCAGCUUUAAUCACAAUAGUACACGUCACACUUUUCGUAUGGGAAUGUGAUUGCAUGAUCUUUCGUGUCCCUGAAUAUGUUUGGGAUUCGAAUCUAUCGUUGGAUUCACCAAAAAUGAUUUACUAUCUCUAUUCAGAGGGAUUGAAAGUUCUCUGUUUGGCACUUCUUGUGGUCACUGAUGUGGCUUUACUAAUCAAAUUGUAUCGUCAUGGUCUUUAUAGAGGGCCAAAGUAUCUCCGAACUCAAACAACUGAUCAACAAAUUUUAGUCACCUCGAAUCUUGGCAAUUCGAACAAUGGUUUCAGCAUGAUGAGCAAUGGAAUAACCUCGGAGAUUGUAAGGAGAAGACCGCGACUCCGAAUCGACGCUAGAUUAGCGCUUGGAUUCACCUACUUGUGCACGGCUUUCGUUUGCAGCUCUGUGCACUAUAAAUUGAAAAAUGAUAUGGAUCCAAUGUUGCACAAAAUCUUUUACCAUCUCGUCGGAAUUCUUGAGCUUUCCAAGUGCUCAAUGUACAUUUUAAUCAUCAAGUUCUUCUCGUGUAUGAUGUUGAAGAUGUUGGUGAUGUUGACGGUGCUCGCCUUGUUCGCUUUUUUCGCUUUGUUCAUUGAUUUCGGAAGAGCAAAGAAUACACGUUCAACUGAAGCGGAUCGGAAACUUCAAAUCGAUCUUCUCAACGAUAAGGCCGUCUUUCCGAGAGCCGAUUUAUUGAAUCAGCGAUAUGUUAUCCUGAUCAAGCCGAUGGUUGUGAAGCACGUUUUGACGAUGCCGGCUUUCGUAGAUUUUCUUCUUUAUUACUCCGAGAAGCUCAACAAGGAGUUU